CCCAUCUUAUGACUUUGCUAAAUUUCAGUUCCCACGCUAUACAUUAGUAAACAUAUAAUGCCGCAGUCGACCUUUUACAGUCUAGUCUCAGUUUGUCAGCGGCAGGAAUAAUGUUCGGCUUUAAUGCGCUCGUGUGCGCGAGUGUUGCGCUGUACAGCGCCGGUGCGUUUGUGCUGCAGUACAGACACGAGCUUAACGACAGACCGAUCAUCGGCAUUUUGACUCAAGAGGUUUCUGAUGACGUCCUGAAAAAGUUUGGAAACACUUUCAUCCCCACAUCAUACGUGACAUACAUUGAAUCCGGGGGAGCUAGAGUUGUGCCAAUAAAGCUAAAUCAGAGUUUUGCAGAGCAUGAGAAGAUCUUCAGGUCAAUAAAUGGUCUUCUUCUCAUCGGGGGAUCGGUGAACCUGGAGACAUCUGACUUUGCUCACAUUGCCGGAUUUUACUUUAGACUUGCUAUCAAAGCAAAUGACGAAGGUGAGUACUUUCCUAUAUGGGGAACAUGCCUGGGGUUACAGCUGCUCACUGUGCUGGUGGCUGGAGAAAACCUGUUGAGCAGAACUAUGGCAGAGAAUGUCACAUAUCCACUUAACUUCACUACAGAGGCUCAAUCCAGCCGCAUAUUUAAGGACUUUCCACCUAAACUUCUUAAAGCAUUCUCUCAGGAGCCGCUCACUGCAAAUUUCCACCAUUUUGGAGUCACUAAAGAGGCAUUCAUGGGUAACGAGAAAUUAAAUGUCUUCUUUUCCAUUCUGUCCACAAACGUGGCAGAAAACGGACCUGUCUUUGUUUCUACAAUAGAGGGCAGAAAAUAUCCUGUUUAUGGUGUACAGUGGCACCCAGAAGUAAACCGCUUCCAGUGGGAUCCUCAUUACAACUUCCCACAUUCAAGCAAUGCUGUGGGUGUGUCAUCUCUACUUGCUGAGUUCUUUGUAAAUGAGGGGAGAAGAAGCCUUCAUCACUUCAGUGACACAGCAGAAGAGAACAUAGCCCUUAUAUACAACUACAACCCUGUUUAUGUGGGAAAUGUGUCUGCAUACGAACAGUCUUAUUUCUUUUGAGACCCAACAAAAUUCAAGAUAAUAAGAAUGAAAAACAAACAAAAACAUUUUAGAUUUAAAAUAUUCAAACAGAUUAUUUGUGUUAUAAUUAGAUGAGACGGUCACAUUUUUUAUGAUGACUUUCUAUUUAGUGUAACACACAUUGGUGUGGUUAAAAUGUUUUCUUUAUUCUUUCAAGAGGAUAAAUGUUAGCAGAUAAACAUGUGCAUGUUAAAGGGAUAGUCCAGCCAAAAAUGAAAAUCUGUCAUUAUUUACUCACCCUCAAGUUGUUCCAAACCUGUAUUUGUUCUGUUGAACUCAAAGAUUUUUAGAAGAAUGUUAGAAACUUAGAUUUCUGGGAUAGUCAAUAAUUGGUAGAGGAACCAUUUGUGUUUUCUAAAUUCUUAAAAAUGUAUUUUCUGUCUAAAGAACAAAAUUAUUCUACUAUGGUAGUCAAUAAUCUCAGUUGCCAGGAUUCAUCCAAAUACCUUUCUUUGUGUUCAACAGAACAGAACACUACAAAGAAAAGUAUACAGGGAUGGAACAACGUGAGGAUGAGUAAUUCAUGACAGAAUUUAAAUUUUUGAGUGGACAAUCCCUUCAAAACUGACAAAUUUCCACAUUAUGAAGCUUGAACCAGAAGAGGGCAGUACUUGCCCUAACGGGGCACAAGGCCAUUGUAGUUAAAAUGAUAAAAUGAAAUUAUAUAAACUAGCCUACAUAUAUAUUUUUCCUUUAAUAAAUAAUGUGUUAUAUAAUUGACACAAUUGUACACCCUGAAAGGUACAUUUAAUAAAGCAAGUGAUAAAUUUCCUUUUAUGAAUUUGAUUAUAAAGCUGUACAAAAAUAAAACAUUAAAUGAUA